UCAAACAUGGCUUCCUCAUCCAGAUCUCGUGAAUGUGAAUCCAAGUAUGAUGUCUUCCUCAGUUUCCGAGGUGUAGACACACGUCUUUCCAUCGUCAGCCAUUUGUACGAAGAACUUGUUAGCAGAGGUCUGGUCACCUUCAAAGACGACAAAAGGCUUGAGAUAGGCGAUAACAUAUCUGACGAACUACACAGAGCCAUACAAGGUUUAAAUAAUGUCAUCGUCCUUCUUUCGGAGAAGUACGCUACUUCCAGGUGGUGUUUGAUGGAGCUCCAAUUGAUAAUGGAGCUUCAAAGGGAGGGGAGACUCAGAGUCCUUCCCGUCUUCUAUAAAGUUGAACCCUCUGACGUGAGGCAUCAGAGAGAAUGUUUCAAUCUAGAAAGGUACAAAGGUACCGAGAUGGCGCCCAUGUGGGGAGAAGCUCUUAAUCAGAUCGCAAAUCUUUCAGGCGUGGAAUUCAAAUCCUGCACUGAUGAGGGAACUAUGGUCAGAAUUCUCGCCCAAGAGAUUUCAGAUCGCACGGCAAGGCGUAACAUAGACGCGACACAUAUUGUUGGAGUGGAAAUUCACAUGCAAAGUCUCAAGUAUCUCUUGGACAUGGACUCAGAGUAUGAUGAGGUUCGUAUGAUUGGAAUCUGGGGGAUGGGAGGCAUUGGCAAAACCGCCAUCGCCAAGUGUCUCUAUGGCCAGCUCUCACUUCAGUUUAAAGCCAGAUAUUUCUCACAAGAGGUUAGGGGUAUUCACAAAGACCUUGAUUUACAACAUUUACAAAAGGAACUUCUCUACAGCACCCUCCAAGAGGAAAUUAGUUUGUGGAGCGUGGAAGCUGGAGGCGAAGAAAUAAGGUCGAGACUUAUACACAAAAGUGUUCUCCUUGUGCUUGAUGGUGUGGAUAAAAUAGACCAGGUGCAUGCUCUAGCAAAAGAGACGGCCUGGUUUGGUCCUCGGAGCAUAAUCAUCAUAACCACCCGAGAUAGGGGCUUGCUCCGUAGCUGUGGAGUAGAAACCAUUUAUGAGGUUAAGUGUUUGGACGAUGAGGCUUCCCUGAAGAUGUUUAAGCAGAUUGCUUUUAAAGGAGGAAGUCCUCCUCCUUGUGAUGAUUUUGAGCAACUCUCAGUCCGAGCAGCUGGCCUUGCUCACGGGCUUCCUUCCGCACUUAGAGCCUAUGCCUUGUUUCUCCGUGGAAGGGACAACUCUCCUGGGGAAUGGGAAGAAGCAAUAUGUGGACUUGAAAGUAAUCCUGACGAGAAGGUAAUGGAAGUCUUGAAACUUAGCUAUGAUGGCUUAGCGAAACAACAUCAGAAUGUGUUCCUUCAGGUGGCCUGUCUCUUUAAUGGAGGAACUUUCCAGCGUGUCAUUUCACUACUUGAUGGUUAUGAAGAUGAGAAGAAACUAUGUUUAAAAAUUUUAGCAGAGAAAUCUCUCAUAAAUAUAGCAACCAGUGAAUAUGUAAUCUUGCAUAAGCUGGUUGAACAAAUGGGAAGAGGAAUUAUGCUUGACUGUGGAAAGUUCCUAGGAGAUGCUGAGACUAUUCGUGAUGCACUGGUUUACGAAGACGGAACAAAAGUAACUGAAUGCAUAUCCCUACAUAUAUGUGAGCUGAACUCUCCGUUUUCUAUGGAAAGUGGUUUCAACCGUAUGCGUGGCCUUAAGUUUUUAAAGGUUUACAAGCAUGUUGAAAACAUAAAACCGAAUCUGACGGUCAUUAGAAAUGACAUUAACCUUCCUUAUAGCGUAAGGUUACUCCACUGGGAUUCACUUCCAUUGAGAACAUUUCCUCUCAAGGUUGAUGAAUAUUUUAUUGUUGAACUCAAUCUGCGUCACAGCAGUCUAAAAACAUUCUGGGGUGGAACACCGCAUUUGAAGAAAUUGAAGAGAGUAGAUGUGACAGGAUCUAAGAAGCUCAAGCGACUUCCAAACCUUUCAGAUGUCAAGAAUCUUGAAGAGUUGAUUCUAGAACAAUGCACGCGACUGCAAGGGGUUCCAGAGUCCAUUGGAGAAACGUCUGCCCUACGUAGGCUUAACCUAUCAUACAACGGUGGGCCUGAGAGUCUCAUGUCUGUUGUUAUAAAGGAAGUGUCUGGGACGCAAUGUGUUGCAGUGAUGUUCCCAACUGCAAAUGUGAAAAUGGAACUUACGAACGUAUCGAUAGAGGGAGACAUAGAGUUUCAAUAUCCUUCAUUUUGUGAAGGAAAUGCUGAAUACUUCUCCUUUGGUCCUGUUACAACAAAGAUGAGUCUCCAGCAAGCUCAGCUCAUCUCGGAGUUCAACAAAUUUGUCUCGCUCAAUAUCAAGAGGCUCAGCUACAAAGAGAAAGGCCCACCAAUGGUUUUUCACAGAUUUCCAGAUAUCCUUACCCUGAAAGAGCUAAAACUAAUCAACCUAAACAUUCAAAUAUUACCAGAUGGGAUUGGUCAGUUGGAAUUCUUAGAAAAACUGGACUUGAGUGGAAAUGAUUUUGAGAACUUACCAGAAGCUAUGAGUACACUUCCACUGUUGAAAACUCUAAGGCUUCAAAACUGCAGGAAACUCGAGAAAUUGCCAGAGCUAGCUCAGGUGCAGUCACUCACUCUUUUAAACUGUAGGAACCUCAGAUCAUUGGUGAAACACUCUGAUUCGGGAAGAUACUGUUUGCUUGAGCUUUGCCUUGACAACUGCAACAAUGUUGAGCCAUUCUCGGAUCAGCUUAGUCCUUACACCAAGUUGACAUAUUUAGAUCUCAGCAGCCAUGAUUUUGAGACAUUGCCAUCAAGCAUCUCUGAUCUUACCUCAUUGGUAACUCUCUGUCUCAAUAACUGCAAAAGUCUCAAAUCAGUGGAAGUUCUUCCACAGAGCCUCCAGUUCCUCCAUGCACAUGGCUGUGAUUUACUUGAAGCUGAUGCUUUAGAAAAUUUGAAUGUGAGAAUAAACAAAAAGAUGCCAGGUCAAUCUUUCUCUUCUUAUCCUUAUGCAAGUGUCAUGUCAGCAGCUCCUCACGUAUCAAGUGUCUGCUUCCAAGAAACCGGGAUGUUGAGCCCCGAGCGAGAUCAGCAAGCAACGAAGAGUCGCCUGCCCAAGUUCCUAAGCUGUUUAUUCUAGCUAGUCAUUUCUAAAUGCCACACUUAUGCUUUUCAUUUUGCUCCUGCGUUUUUACCGUGUGAACAGUAUGGUACAGCGCUUUUCCCUUGCAGUGGACUUUGCUUCCUUGGCAAAUCUCUAUUCAAAGAACAAUUAAAAUUCUUGUAUCAGCUCGAUAUUAUGUAUCAUCCAUGUGUUUAAUGCAGAGAUUAUGAUGAUACAGCUGCUGCUGAGGUUGGACCAGGCUUUUGAAAUUUCCCAAAAGUCAGCAUUAGAAAGAAUGAGAAAUCAUUUGCUCUGUGUCA